CAUUGCCGGCAGCGCGGUUAGAGACACCAAAAGCGAAGGGCGCCGACACCUCGCCCCCCCCUCGUUCCGGCAUGGAGUCGGACGACUCCAUGUCGGUGCUGCUGCCGAUGGUGUCGCUCAUGCUGCUGCUCGUGUUCGCCGGCGGCCUGUGGUUCCUGCGCACGCGCAACCAGCUCCGCGGCGCCUCGCAGAGCUUCCUGGCAAGGAUGUUGCUGCAAGAGCAAGAGACUAUCACAAGACUGGACCUGGAGCGCGGCGAGGCCCAAGCCGAGCGCUGGAAAUGCGGCGUGUGCGACUUCAGCAACGCCGCGGACCGCCCGAACUGCGUCCUGUGCGGCACAAAGAACGCCAAAUACGCCCGCCAGGUGUCGGAUAGAGAGGAGUUGCCGCGGCUGAAGCACUCCAUCGCCGGGCGGGACGAGCGGCUGAGCUCCGCCAGCUCCGUGACGAUGCUCACGCGCCCCUCUCUCCAACGCUCCUCGAUCCUCAGCGCCGGCACGAGAGCGAGCUUGCGGCCCCUCCGGCUCUCUACCUUAAACCCGCGGCAAAAGUACGCCAGACGGCGGAAAGAAUGGGUCCGUUGCCUGGGCGAAGACGGCGAGUCGGCCUUUUGGACCCGCGCGGAUGUUGCCGCUGCGACACGGCGCCUGACCGUGGUUAACACCACUGGUGCUAACCAGGGGGGCCACCGCAUCAGCGUGGGCUUCGUGACGCACAUGGUGCGACGCGCCUCCAUGAUGGGGGACAUCGGCCGCUUAACCUUUGCCGAGGCCUCGCAACUCGACGCCGCCGAGACCAUCAGCGGGUACAAGCUCAGCGCGAGGGAGUUGGAGUUGCUGGACCGCGUCUCGCGGUUGCCAUUCCCUAAAAAAUACGCCUGGUUUUUAGAGAGAAUGGGCGCGUUGUUGCGGCCGUGGGAGGAAGGCCGCAUUAAGUUGCGCGUGCAACGCGAGCACAUUCUCGUGGAGAGCAUGGAGCAACUUUUGGGCAUCCAACCGGAGCAUAUCCAUUUCCCUCUCCGCAUUGAGUUCGUGGGGGAGGCGGGCAUCGACGCCGGCGGGUUGCAACGAGAAUGGUUCUCCAUCUUAUUUGGGCGCCUUUUGGACGACGAAUUGGGUCUUUUCAUGACCUGCCACCGCCACACACAAGCUGUGGCCAUCAACCCGCACUCGGAGGACUGCACAGCGGACCAUUUGCUCUACUUUAGGGGAAUCGGGCGCCUGCUCGGCCGCGCGCUGCUCGAGGGUCAGACCAUGCAGGCGCGACUGUGUUUACCCAUUCUCAAGCACUUUUUGGGCACGCCGAUCACCUUUUCCGACCUGCAGUACGUCGACCCAGAAGUGUACGCGAGCAUGACCUGGAUCCGUGAGAAUGACGGCGUGGACGCGCUGGAGCUCACUUUCUCGGUUACGGAGCUACGCGCGGACGACGAAGUGGUCACGAUCGACUUGGUGCCCGCCGGACGCGACAAGGCUGUGACCGACGCCAACAAGAUAGAGUUUUUACACUUAAAGCUUCGCUACCUCAUGCUGGACCGCUACGCGCCGCAGUUGCAGGCUCUGUCGCUCGGACUCUUCGAGGUGAUCCCGCAAGAAGCGCUGCUGGUGUUCGACUACCAAGAGCUGGAGCUGGUUUUGUGCGGGUUGCCGGAGAUCGACCUGGCCGACUGGAAGCGCAACACCGUGGUGGCCCCGAGUUUCGGAGAUACGCCGCUGGUGGUGGACUGGUUCUGGGAGGUGCUCAAGGGCUUUAGUGAGGACGAGCGUGCGCGGUUCCUGCAGUUCUCGACGGGGUCCUCCCGCGUGCCAGUGCAGGGGUUCAAGGGGUUGACGAGCUACGACGGCCGCAUUUGCCCCUUUUCACUGCGGCCGCUGCCCAACCAGACGCGCGGCUUCCCCAAGGUGCACACGUGCUUCAACCGCGUGGAGCUGCCGCUGUAUAGCAACAAGGCGGAGAUGGAGGCGGCGCUCUAUGCGGUGCUGGAUAUGGAGUGGACCGAGUUCAGCGAGGAGUGA